ACCUUGGGAUCUCCGCGCCGCAUUGCAACGCUUCCCUUGCAACUCUACUGCGUCUGCGAUUCUAGAGCGAGUUGAACAGUAGUAAGACCAGGCGUGCGCAGUAGAAAGUAUAGAUAAGGCGUGUUAGCGACUGGUGAGAUUGUCAGCACAUCCAGCUGUAGAACGCAAUGGCAGAGGACGCGAUCGACCGGCAGCUGGCGCUGGUUUUUGAGAUCGAGGAGGCCGGGCGCACCGCCAAGGUGCAGCUCGAGAACUGCCUGCUCCUUAGCGACCGCCUCUCCAUCCUCCGACCGCUUCUUAAGGACGUGCGGCCAUGGCUGGCGACGGUUCAAAUGGGCCGGCAGCAGGUCGCCGUGGACGCCAUCCUGCUGCGACUCGAGAGGUGUCUGCGGCGCCUCAACACGGUGCUGCAGCGCUGUGGUCGCUCCACCCGACUCUGCGUCUCCAGCUUCUACCGAGACCUGCACUUCACACUCAAACAGGCCUCCCUCUCCCUCGCGGACUGCCUGGCGGAUUUGGCUGUCCAGGUCUCUCCUGCUCUUCCCGAAGCUGCCAAGCAGGCUCGGGCCAUCCAAGCCGAGAUCCAGCAGCUCAGGUUCGUGCCAGCUGGCAAGCAGGGGCAGGCCCAGUUGGCGACGGUGUGCGGGCAGGCGACAGAGCAGCAGCGCCUGCUGCAGCAGCUGUGUGGGUCCGUCUCCUCUCUCCUCUCUCAGCUGCAGUCCCAAGACGCCAGCUGUAGCUGCAGUGGCCGCUGCACAGGUGGUUGCAGGGAUAGAGAUGGCAGAAGCAAGGGGGAAAGGGACAAGGUGGGACGGCAGAAGCAGCAGGGGGUUGUGUUGAGCUGUGAGAGCAGGGCGGAGGUUUCAGGGCAGCUGGUGCGGGUGCUGCAGCAGCUAGAGCGGGAGACAGUGGUGGUGGGCGUGCUCAAGGCGCUGUGCUUCAAGUGCGGGUGGAUGGAGGAGAGUGUAGUGAAGAAGCUUAUAAGGGAUCUGGGAGAGCAGAGGAGAGUGGUUGGGACGCAGAGGUGGGCUGUGGACGAGAUUCAACAGUGGCUCAGGAGGCAGGACCUAUCAGCUGCUGACACGUGCUCUGUGACUCUGAGUGGAGCAUCAUCAGAGGGGCGGGACAUGUGGGCGAUAGGCGUGUCGUGCGUGGAGGAGCCAUGGCUGGCGCUGCUGGCGGAGGAGCUGGUGGCGCACCGCGACGACCUCAGGGAGGUGUCCGCCCAUGUCGCUGCUGUGAACGCCGCUCUCAGCAGGGCUGCUUACAAUGACGCACAGGACGCAGAUGCAGCAGGAGGGCCAGUUGAUGAGAGGCGUGGGGGGAGGGCAGGCAGAGGGCGGAGCACAGGGAACGAAAGCACGCGAGGUGACAUAUGGGAUGAACGGAAGGGCCCUGGAGGGGCGGCAGAGGACGGCAGUAGUGGAGAGGAAGGGGUUAAUCCAAGGAGGGCAUACUCGGGGAAGGUAGAUCUGGCAGCAGAGCAACGGGGAGCGCUGGUGUCGGCUCUGUGGUACGGCAGCGAGGAGGACCAGGAGGCGGCCGCCGAUGCUGUCUUGGAGGGCUGCGACAGCGGCGCCAUCACCGCCACCCCCUCCCUCUCAGCGCGAGUGCUCUCAGGCAAAUGGCAGCCCGCCCUCGCUGCCGCCCUCAAGCCCCCCUCCUCCUGCCGCCCGCCGGUGAUCCAAUCAGCUGUCGCCACGUCAAUCGUCUGCCUUGCUGUCUCUGAUGAGCUGCGCAGAUCGCUGGCCUCUCAGGGCCUUCUUCAGGCGCUGCUGCUGCAGAUCCAGAAGCCCCACCGCUUCACUCUCAGCCGCUGCCUCUUUGCACUCGGCCAGCUGGCGCGGUGUGAUUCGGUGCGCUGCCACGUCACCGAGUCGGGGUCAAUGUCGUUCCUCGCGCCGCUGCUGCGCUCCAAGGACAUGGAGGUGCGCGAGGCCGCCGCGCUGCUCUUCAAGAACGUGGUCUUCCGAGACCCCCCUCAGGACACCCAAUCAUUGCUCGCCACGCGCGCAUCUGUGGUCAAGCACGGCGCCGUCCCCUUCCUGCUCUCCUCACUCGCCAUUCCUGACCCCGCCAACUCUAGUGCCACCCCUAGCAUCCCACACAACCCAGCAGCAGCAGCUGUGACGAGUGAGACGGCGGAGUACAUGCUGGGGAUAGUGGGCGGGUUGGCUCAGAGUCCUCGAGCGGCCGUGCCGCUGCCCAGCAGGCGGCUCAUCGCGUGCGUCAUCCCCCACCUCGCUCUCCCCUCCACCCCCAGCGUGCGUGUCUAUGCUGUCGCUGCCCUCGCUGCCCUUGCUAGAGUCAACAAGGAAUGUCUCACUAACGGGGGGGUGGUGCCGCUGCUGCACGUGGUCAGGGAUGAGAGUGUGGGCGAGAGGGUGCGGCUGCAUGCCGUGUCGGUGCUGUGUGGCAUUGCUGGCCUCAAGAGCAGGGACUACCGCUCGUUAAUAGCGUUGGAGGGCGGGCUGCCCCCCCUCGUGGGCCUCCUCGCGCCCGCCUUCCCUCUCGAUCUGCGCCUUCUCGCCGCCGCCACGCUGCGCUUCCUCGCAGCUUCCGAGGUGGUGCGGCGAUCCCUGCUGCUGGCGGGCGCCCUCCCCCCGCUGGUGGAGCUGCUGCGCGCCCAGCUGCCCAACCCCUUCACUGCGGGCAGCGCCGCAGCCGCCGUGGCGGCGCUGGUGCCGGGCGAAUCAGGGAGUGCGGGGCUGCCGGAAGGGGGCAGAGGAGAUAGUGGCGUGUGGAGGGAGCAGGAUGCUGGAGGGGAUUCGUAAGGCAGGAAUGUAGUGUGCAGGUUCAGGAUAGCGGCAGUUCCAAGCAUACGUAUCUGUAGAGAUCUGAUGCGCCACUUGUAUCAGUGAGAUGGCCUGCAGAGGAGCAAGCGGUUUUUUCAAUGGCCUCAUCCACUCUCAAGAGACUUGUAA